CAGAUCAGAUCCGCCGGUAACGCGAGGAGGGGGAUGCGCGGUCGGUCGGACGGCUAGAACGGCUAAAAAAAGCCGCAGACAAUUAAAUCCGAGAACAAUAUCUACAGUACGUAAAAAGGCGACCGAAAGCUCCUCCUCUCUCGCUCCAAACAGGCUUUAGGAAGUUACAGGACACAGUGCCUCUCUUAUUGUUCUUGAGCAGGCCUGGGAAUUGGAGAGCUGCGCUGUUUUGACGCAGUUAAAUGGGUGAUUACGGGUUCGGUUUGUUGCAGACAGCGAACAUCAGCAGCAGCUCCACACGUUUCGGCGGAGGCGCAUUCACACCCUAUCCCAGCGCGUCUCCGGUGCGCCCCAGCAGCUCGCCUCUGGUGUCCCCUCUUUUCCCGUCACAUCAGCGCAACAUGCAGGAUGAGCCUGCGGGGCUGACAGCUUCUCAGUCCAACAGCGAGCAGAGCAGCGCCGCCGACAGCGACCUGAGCCGCUUCUCCGCUGUAGGUCACGCACAGACAGCCGGUGACCUUCAGCGCGACCGGAACAUACAUCAGCAGACUGAGCCGCCGCCGCCGCAGCAGCAGCCGUACUCCUCCUCCUCCACGGGCCUGGACACCGAUGCGCCAUCGUCCAAGGUGAAGCCCCAGAUGGAGUCCCCCAGCGCGCACCACAUCAACAACGGCACCGGCGGCAAUAACAUGCUCGCGGCGGCCGCGUUCCCGGAGAUGCAGAGCCCCGGCGGCGGCGGCUCGGUUUCUCCCUCCCUGCCCGCUUUCGGGACGCCGUGGUCCGUGCGGACGAGCUCCCCGCCUCCGCCCGUCACCAAUGCCGCCAACGCAAUAAACCCGAUCCCCACCACCGAGCCUGACAACUUCUACCCCGGCAUCCCCUCCUCUAUCAACCCCGGCUUCUUCCAGAGCUUCUCGGCCAACCCGUGCCCGGUGCAGGGCUUCAGCAGCCCAUUCUCCCCGCAGAUCAACGCGCCGCCGCAGAGCCGCCGGUCCCCGGUCAGCCCGCAGAUCCCCCCGCAGCAGGGCGCCUUUCUGCAGCAGCGGAACAACUACAACCACCACCACCAGCCCAUGAUGAAGCAGUCGCCGUGGGGCAGCCAUCAGGGCAGCGGCUGGACCUCUGGAGGGGUGUCCUGGGGCAGAGACCACCGGCGCGGGGGCGGCAUGGGUGUGCCCGGCUCAGUCAACCAGAUCUCUCCCAUGAAGAAACCCUUCUCCAGUAACGUCAUCGCUCCGCCCAAGUUUCCCCGCUCCGCCGGCUCUCUGGGACCUAAAUCCUGGAUUGAAGAAAACAUGUUCCGUACCGACAACAACAGCAACACUCUGCUGCCGCUGCAGGAUCGGUCCAGGAUGUACGACAGCUUGAACAUGCACUCGCUGGAGAGCUCCCUGAUUGACAUCAUGAGGGCGGAGCAGGACCCUCUGAAGGCCAGGAGCUAUGGGAGACGACGAGGACGUUCCUCCCUCUUCCCCAUUGAUGAUGGCCUUCUAGACGAUGGCCAUGGCAACCAGGGGGUCCUGGGGUCUCCUCACUGUUACCCCCAUCAGAACGGGGAGCGCAUCGAGAGGUUCUCCCGCAAAGUGUUUGUGGGUGGACUGCCCCCUGACAUCGAUGAAGAUGAAAUCACGAGCAGUUUUCGGCGCUUUGGUCAUCUGGUUGUUGAUUGGCCACACAAAGCAGAGAGCAAGUCUUACUUCCCCCCUAAAGGUUAUGCCUUCCUCCUGUUCCAAGAGGAGAGCUCAGUUCAGGCGCUGAUCGAAGCCUGUCUGGAGGAGGACGGGAAACUCUACCUGUGUGUGUCCAGCCCCACCAUCAAAGACAAGCCCGUCCAGAUUCGUCCGUGGAAUCUGAGUGACAGUGAUUUUGUGAUGGACGGAUCUCAGCCACUGGACCCUCGCAAAACCAUCUUUGUAGGAGGAGUACCACGUCCACUCAGAGCUGUGGAGCUGGCGAUGAUCAUGGACCGCUUGUAUGGUGGAGUGUGUUAUGCAGGCAUUGACACUGAUCCAGAGCUGAAGUACCCAAAGGGGGCGGGGCGUGUGGCCUUCUCCAAUCAGCAGAGCUACAUCGCUGCUAUCAGCGCCCGAUUCGUCCAGCUGCAGCAUGGCGACAUCGACAAACGGGUGGAGGUGAAGCCGUACGUGCUAGACGACCAGCUGUGUGACGAAUGCCAGGGGGCACGUUGUGGUGGAAAGUUUGCCCCGUUCUUUUGCGCCAACGUCACCUGCCUGCAGUAUUACUGCGAGUUCUGCUGGGCAAACAUCCACUCCCGCGCCGGCCGCGAGUUCCACAAGCCGUUGGUCAAAGAGGGAGCCGACCGCCCCCGGCAGGUCCACUUCCGCUGGAACUGAAGACGGGGACUCCAGGAGCGGCAGCAUGCAAGACGACGCAGAAACAACACGUCUGCUGCGGGAAGAAAAAGAUGCUUAGUUUGGCCCCUGAACCCAAGCUGUCAGUAUAGAGUACAUAACCGUAUACAGUAUAUAGAGAAUAUAUAUGACUAUAAAUAUAUAAAUAUAUCUUUAUCUUUUGUAGCAGCCAGAAACACUACAAGCCUCAGUUUAAACUCACAACAAGUUUAUUUCACCAAACCACUUCUUUCUCCUCCCUCCCUGUACAUCUCAGGCUCGGAACAGAGUUUUUGUGGUACGUUCGUGUUUUUUAAAAAGGAGAUUAAGAAAAAAAAAGAGAUUGAUUUUUUGUAGUUUUUUCAAAUUAUUUUUAUAUGUGAGAUUUAAAAAGUAGAAACGAGAAUGUUUUCGCUUGGGGGGGCAGCCUGUCCGUUCUGUUCAUUCGUUCUGUCCGUCGUGUGUCCGUCUGCUGCUAAAUCCCCCCCUAGUGGGCAAAGUGCGCAAUUGUCUCUGGAAAACCCUUGAUGACGUAAUCUCUGAUGCCUGCCCUGGAUCUCGAACCAAAGGUAGCAAAACGCGCGGCCUGAAAACGAGACGUUCGCCGCGGAAUAUACAAAAAAAA